GAAGAACAAAAUCCUACUCCGUCAGUGCCGACAAAGAUUGUAAUGGAACUUUCAGAAAAACUCUUGAACACAGGAAAGACAAUUAUAACAGACAAUUGGUACACUAGUUUAGAAUUAGCAAAUCAACUUCUAGACAAUAAUAUACAUUUAGUGGGAACACUUAGGGCUAACCGUAGAGGUAAUCCAAAGAGUGUAACAUCAAAAAAGUUGAAGGUAGGGGAAAUUAUUGUAAAAGAAAAUAAUAGGGGCAUUUGCGUCGGAAAGUGGCAAGAUAAACGAGAUGCCCUUUUUCUAUCGACUAAACAUGGCGAUGAAACCGUUGAAGUUACUCGAUAUACUGAUACUAUAGAAACACCUGCAGCCAUUAUGGAGUAUAUUUCAGGAAAGUUUUCUAUCGACAUAUCACAUCGAAUGACGAGUUAUAAUACAGCAUUAC